CACCCCUCAAGACCCACUCACUCCUGGGCAGUCGAGCGUGGGACGAGGGGAGGCAGCGAGCGCGGAAGAGAGAGUGGGGAACGCCACACUUGGUUUCAAUCCUCAGAUUGACGCGCCCCACGGCUCAGCACUCUUCGAGCGGCUCAGGGGGCAUGUUGGAACCGAGCACGGGCAGCAGCAGCAGCAGCAGCAGCAGCAGCAGCAGCAGCAGCAGCAGCAGCAGCAGCAGCAGCAGCAGUACCAGCAUCAGGAGCAGCACGAGCAGCAGGAGGAGCAGGGGGAGCAGGAGGAGAAAGAGAAGGUUGAGGCGCAAGGGAGGGAAGGGAAUCAUCAAGAGACGCGAGAGAAUGGUCCGUGCACUGGCUCUGUCUUUGGCCGGUGGCUUCAGGGCAGCAGCAGUAGAAACAGUGGCAAAAGUAGCAGGCAUAGCGGCAGCAGCAGUAGCAAUGGCCCCUCUACAGGAGCAACAGAUGGCGCCUGGAGCUGGGUGCCGUUCCCCUGUGCUGCCCCCGAGACCCCUGUCACUGACUGGAUCUCCUCACUCAACGGCCGGGGCAUCAGGGAGAUCUCGAUCGUGGGGGACUCGCACCACCGCGUGCUUGCUGCCCACCUGUUCUACAUGCUGUCGGGCGAGGCCGACCUCGCAAACCGGAAGGGGCGGCACGACUUGGAGUUUGUGGCGCGGAACGAGAGGAACGAGACGCUGAGGAUCAACUUCUACUGGGUCGAUGGGAUCUACACGAACGGGGAGUUCGGAUGCACGCACCGAGGAGCCUUCUCGCAGCACUUCGACUCCUUCCCCAACAUCUCCCUCUCCAGUGACGUCAUCAUCAUCAACAGUGGGUACUGGGCCGGCAAGCGUUGUCUGCAUCCGCUCUCCGCCCUCCGCACUCACCUCCCUGAAUAUCUCUCCUGGGCCAUCUCCCAAGCCUCUGCUGCUGCUGCUUCUGCUGUCUCCCAAGCCUCUGCUGCUUCUGCUGCUGCUUCUGCUGGCUCCCAAGCCUCUGCUGAGAGCGCUGAUUUUGAGCAUGUUUAUUCUGUGUCCGCCAGCAGAGAGGGGGCAUCCACUGACCUCCCUGCCGCCCUCCCUGCUGCAUCCUUGACUGCAUCUCCACCACCGAGCGUGCCCAACCUGAGAGGGAAUCCAGCAGCUGCGGUCAGCAGCCAGUCAAGAGUAGAAGGUACAGGGGAAAGGACCGAGCGCCUGCUUCGCAGUAACACGAGCAGCAGCAGCAGCAGCAGCAGUACUACCACCACCAGUAACAGCAGCAGCAGCACAGGCAAGACAGCCUCAGCCACCAGGCGCCAUGUUCGGCUGAUUGUGCGGUCAGCACCCCCAGUGUCCAACGGUGGUGACAGCUGCAGCAUUGCCAGCCGCAUCUACGAAGGCCCCGCUACCAACCUCUUUCUCUCCACUGCUAAUCGGCUGAUCAAACACAUGGCCGACCAAAUAAACGCGGGCAAUUCUGCUACUGCUGGUGGAGCUGAUGGAGUCGACAAUUCUGUACCCUGUAUUGAGUUCUUUGAUAGCUGGCAAGUGGAGGCUCCGCGGUUCAUGGAUGUGUGUCCGCGCGACCAUCACUAUCAUUGCUACGGGACGAAUGGUCGGGGGAAGGUGGUGAUGAGAGGGGACGUUGGGGAGGCUGUUGUUAGGUCGUUGAUUCAUUACAUCGAGCAUGGGGGGAAGGGAAGGUCAUGAUGGACAAAAAAAACUGCUGGAUGGUGGCCUUUUCUCGGGCCGUAACUGGCCCCAAAUCCCCCAAGAUGGCAAAUAAAUUAUUGGCUAUGUGCAAUACUUAUGUAGAAGUCGUACUAGAGUCGUACCAUGGGGUUUCGGGUUUAGGGUAUCAUCGUUCAUGUCUUAUACGUGUGCUAUAACGUGUCUUGCGAGCGACCAUACUUUCA